UCAAUGACUGUAGGAUCUGGACAUUCAGAUGGAACAGUGGAUACACGGGCCAUGGAGAUUACGGCUCUAGGACGUCCGUUCUCCCUUGGGAUGCUGUAUGAUUGCCGUGAUGAUACGCUCAUCCCAGGUGUCACUUUAUGGAAUCGUGAGACAUUGGGAAAGCAUGUGGCAGCAACACCUCAAGAUAAUACAGCAUUUGAGUGUAUAGCCUCAGACACUGUUUCUGAUAAAUCAUCAGCUCUGAAUAUCUCAGCAUCUUUGAAAGCCAGUUUCCUCUGUGGUCUGAUAAAAGUUGGUGGAUCUGCCAGUUACCUAAAUGACACAAAGACAUCUAAGAACCAAGCCAGAGUCACCCUAAAGUACUCAAGAACCACAAGGUUUGAGCAGCUGAGCAUGGACCAUUUAGGUAUCCAGAACAUGACUUACCAUGAUGUGUUUGACAAAGGGACGGCCACCCAUGUGGUCACUGGUAUUUUAUAUGGUGCUCAAGCUUUCUUUAUAUUUGAUCGUGAGGUAUCUACAUCAGAGAGUACUCAGGAUAUACAGGGAAAUCUCCAGGUCAUGAUUAAAAAAUUACCCCUAAUUUCAAUAGAAGGAAAAGGAGAGCUGAUCAUGAAUGACAAAGAAAAGCAAGAUGUUAAAACAUUUAGCUGUAAGUUUCAUGGAGACUUUUCCCUGGAUAGAAAUCCGACCACAUAUGACGAUGCCGUAAAAAUUUACACUGACCUCCCAAAGCUACUAGGAAAGAAUGGGGAAAAGGCUGUACCUGUGAAAGUCUGGCUGUAUCCACUGAGGAAACUGGACAGUAGAGCCGCCCAAUUGGUUCGAGAAAUUAGUGCAAAUCUUGUAUUCAAGACAGAAAAGUUGAUACAGCAAAUGAUAGAUGUUACCAUACAGUGUAAUGACCUGAUGAGACAUCCGACUGCAGAGACCUUUCCAGAUGUAAAGAGUAAAAUCCUCCUGUUCAGAGAGCAGUGUGAGCAAUUUACCCUCACAUUUCAGAAGCAGCUUGCACAGACCUUACCCUCUAUCCGAGGUGGGGGAUCAGAGGAAGCUGCACUUGCUGAUAUUUUAACAAAAAUAAAACAAUCUCCAUUUGGAAAGUUCCACAUUACACAGUUUUUGAGCAGGAAACAGCAGGAGAUGGAUACUGUGAGCUCCUACCUUAAAGUUCUGUCCAAUAUCAAAGUAUUACCAACUGAGAGUGAAAUAACCAGACUAAUAUCUGACCCUAUGAUUGACUAUGUUGUGUGUUAUCAUUUUACAUCAUUAAAUGAGGAGGAGACAUAUCUUUCUGAUAUGUGUAAUUGGCUCCAAUCACCUGGACACACUGUCUAUGAGAAUAAAAAUAUCUCAUCAUGGUUCAAGGACAAAGAUGUCUCUAUGAGAGCCAGGAGAUGUGUGAGAGCAUUUCAGGAAUUUGCUGAAGUUAAUGCAUCCACUGUGGAGACUCAAUUUAUUGUCUCAUCUGUCCCAGACCAGAGUAAUCCUGGAGUCUCUAUUUACCUGUAUGAAGGUGGGGAAUUGCUGAGUGAAACAUUUAAGCCUCCAAUUAAACCUCAUCCUCCAGUUAUCAGUGGUAGGACACAUGAUAGUAUAGAGCUCACUCUCAGUCCUGCAGACUUUGGGAAAGAAUUCAUAGACGGAUACCACAUAGAGUAUAGAUGUACUGAGGAGGAGAACUGGUCACAUUUUAUGACAAAGAAUAAAGACAAGAAGAUCACAGUUACAGGACUAAAGCCUAACACAAAGUAUCAGUUCAGAUACUCUGCAGUGUGUAAACCAGGACUCAGCGCUGCCAGUAAUGUAACAGGAGAUGAGAAAACUCUUCCCACUAGUCCACCUGAAGCCAAACACAUCACUGCUGAACCAUCUUAUAUUAUAUUACAUGUCAAGGAACCAACUAUAAUCGGAGAUGGAGUCACAAUAAGUGAGUAUAGAGUUGAAUAUAAGGUGGAGUCUGAAAAGCAAGCAGGAGGGUGGAUAGAAUAUAGAUCAGGAAGCAAAGUUAAAACUUGUAACAUUGAGGGGCUAAAACCAAUAACAUCCUACAUAAUACGUGUGUCGGCCAUAUGUGGUGACUCGGGGGUCAGUGCUCCUAGUCAUGAGUUUGUAGUUAUGACAACAAAAGAACAACCCUCUAAUCUUAAAAAGCACAAUAAAGAAAACAGCAUUCUAUUACAGGAAAAGGAAAAAGGAAAGCCUUCUGUAUAUCAGCUGAACAUGGAUCUCUGUGACUCUGGAUAUCGUAAGUACAGCUUGGGAAAAGGAAAUCUACAGAAACCUAAUAAAGUGAUUCUAUUAGUAGGAGCUACAGGAACAGGAAAAACAACCCUGAUCAAUGGGAUGGCCAACUACAUCUUGGGUGUGGAAUGGAAAGAUGACUUUAGGUUCCAACUUGUACACGAGGUUACUGAUAAAUCUCAAGCUCACAGCCAAACCUCUCUAGUUACAGCCUACAAGAUGAACCAUGAAAGGGGCUACCAAAUACCGUAUUCCCUCACCGUGAUAGACACACCAGGGUUUGGAGACACACGAGGAAUAGCUCAGGACAAGAAGAUCACAGAAGACAUCCAUGCAUUCUUUACAGCUGACAAUGGUAUUGAUCAGAUAGACGCUGUGUGCUUUGUAGUUCAGGCUUCUUUGGCUCGGUUGACACACACCCAGAAGUAUAUUUUUAAUGCUAUCUUUUCUAUCUUUGGGAAAGAUAUCAGAGACAACAUACUGAUCCUGAUCAACUUCUCAGAUGGUGAAAGACCUCCAAUAAUAGAGGCUAUUAAAGCUGCUGAUGUCCCAUGCCCACUGGACAGAGAUGGUGACCCCGUUCACUUCAAGUUCAACAACUCAGCUCUAUUUGCCAACAAUCAGGCCAGUAACAUGAGUUUUAAUGAGAUGUUCUGGACCAUGGGGACGCAAAGCAUGAGAUCAUUUUUCAGCGAUCUAAGUAAAAUAGAAACCAAAAGUCUGACUCUUACCAAGGAAGUUCUCAAGGAACGGAAACAGCUUGAGAUUACUGUGCAGGCCUUACAGCCACAGAUAAAGGCUGGGCUAAUGAAACUGGAUGAAAUUAGAAAGACACAGGAAGCUCUGCAGCAGAACAAGGACCGCAUGGCUGCAAAUAAAGACUUUGAGUAUGAAGUAGAGAUAACUGUUCCAAUAAAGAUAGACAUAACAGGCAGCUUUAUAACCAACUGCCAGCAAUGUCACUUUACCUGUCACUAUCCCUGUGGAAUUCCUAAUGACUCACAGAAAGAUGGCUGUGCUGCUAUGCAUAAUGGAUACUGUACACAAUGUCCAGCUAAAUGUAUCUGGAAUGUUCAUUUCAAUCAAAAGUAUAAAUUUAAAUAUGAGAAUAAAAAAGAAAAAAGAACCUAUGCUGAACUAAAAAAUAAUUAUGAAGCAGCUUCUGGAAAGAUGAUGACUGUAGAAAAGUUGUUCAAAGAACUAAAAAUGGAAUAUGAUAUUGUGAAAGAAGCAGUGUUUGGUCUUAUUGACCAGUCCUCCCAGAGUCUGAAGCGCCUCCGUGAAAUCGCUCUAAGACCAAACCCUCUGUCAACCACAGAAUACAUUGAUCUGAUGAUACAGAGUGAGGAACAAGAAGCCAAAUCAGGAUAUCAGGAGAGAAUCAAGUCUCUGCAUGAGGUCAGAGAGCAGGCGGGGUUGUUAGAGAAGAUCCAGAAAAAAGAAAAACUGCUGCCUGAUCAGCAAGAAAACCCUACCAAAAAUUCUCUUCUGACCCUCAGUGUGCUCGAUCUGCAAUACCGGAGAUCAACCCGGUCCAGCAAUACUAGUUCCAGCCUGUUCCAGAAAUACCAGUUCCAGCCUGGUCCUGCAAUACCUGUUCCAGCCCAGUCCAGCAAUACUAAUUUCAGUCCGGUUCAGCAAUAA